AUGCCGGCCUCUACGCACUCACAAGAUGAAUCCAUGCCAGAUGCGGGCCUACAGUCUCAAGGAGAGCAGGAGCCGGAGUAUGAAGACCCUGAAGGGUAUGACGCAGAUGAGUUCGAGGUGGAUGGACGGAGAAUAACCAUUGUGAGUACUGUUUUUCAUGUUACCGUCUCUUCUCCAUAUCGUUGGGUUCCUAUUACGCGAGUUCUCCUGGGUUUUAGAGCCCUUGAUAUUUUCCUUCAUGAGGUUUCCUUCCUGGUCUUAGGUCAUCGUCAUUUCGCGGCUAUUGGAUCCGUUCUCUCCACUGUUAUCCUCUGUCUACCUGGAGCUACUGAAACAGCUGUAUCAUUUCAAUUUGACAGGGAAGAUCACACCCUUGGAAACGCAUUGAGAUAUGUGAUUAUGAAGAAUCCCAAAUUUCUAACCUAUUCAACCACCAUCCGCAGUCCAGAAGUUGAAUUCUGCGGCUACACAAUGCCACAUCCAUCAGAAGCUAAAAUGAAUCUACGUAUUCAAACGUAUGAUACAACAACUGCCAUUGCUGUUCUAGAAAAGGGAUUCGACGACUUGAUGGAGCUGUGUGACGUAGUGACAGAGACUUUCACGGAGGCCAAAAAUGCCUUUGAUGGUAGCAAGGGCCAAUAA